UAGAGUCCGGCAAACGACCGCCGAGGAUAUAUUUAGUUCUUUAAACAAUUCUUAGGAGAAAAUUUUUGUUGCUUGGAUAUGUGACAAUUUUAUUUUGACCAUGACGGGAACUAUGACGGUACUCACGUUGUCAGCAUAGGUCUCUGUCUACGGAACUACUUUUGUGCAGUAUUUAUGCCCCCACUUGACCCAGUUAAGAGAAUAACGUAUAUUUUCUAGGACGAGUCUAGGUACCUCGAAUGGAGAGGUAUGCCAAACUAUUAUCAUUCUUACAGGGUAUAGUGCAUGUCAUAUGAAUUAAUACAUUUUUGCUAUAGACUGUGCCGGGGUCAGUGACCGAGCACAUACCGGCCAGUAUGUUUGGGUUCAGUCGUCUCUCCGCCGAGGGCAAAGUCGGAAUCGCCUCGCUGGUCGUUUUUUUCUCCAUGCUCAUUUCCAGAACCAUCAUCUCGGAGCGGGUUGACAAAGACACGCGCGCUCUGUUGUUUCGCGUCCAGUUUGUCCUGUUGCUCAACACGCUGCUGCUGCUCGGCUCUCUCUACAUCUGGAAGCGUGUGGUGAGGCGGCUGUGCGGGACCAGGGGUGCACUUACAUUGCCGCAGAAAUGCUGGCGGCUCGUUGUUCUGCUGUUUCUCACUCUCGUUCAUGGCAGUUACCUAAGCAUGUUCUUCCUUGUGGACACAGAGCCACACUGGUUGUCAUUGCUGAGCUUCUCUUGUUUGGGCAUUUAUGUAAUCCUGCUGUUCUUCCUGGUGGUUUUUGGCUGCUUAAACCGCCUUCGCAGGCUUCUGUCCCCCAGCCGAGGUGAUGAAGAUGUGGUUGCAAGUGGCUCAGCCAGACAGACGGUGUUGGCAUUGAUUGUAACAGCAAUAUUGGCAGUGUAUGGUUUAGUAAAUGCUGCACAGCCUCCACAGGUAGUAGAGGUGCAGAUCCCACUGGAGAAGCUCCCAGAGUCUUUGAGUGGACUCAAGUUGGUGCUUCUGUCUGACAUACAUCUGGGACCCACAAUAGGCCGCUCCAAACUGCAGCGCAUUGUUACUAUGGUGAAUGAGCUGGACCCAGAUGUGGUGGUGAUUGUCGGUGAUUUGACCGACUCUCAAGUGACUCGGUUGAGGAGUGCUGCAGAACCACUGGGACAGAUGAAGGCUCGAUUGGGCACCUAUUUCGCUACAGGCAAUCAUGACUACUACACUGCUGAUGUCGAAGGCUGGUUUGAACUGCUGCGCUCAGUGGGAAUCGAGCCACUUCACAACAGCCACGCAAAAGUGUUCAGCCCUGAACAGACUCAAGACUGGAUUUGCCUUGCAGGCAUCGAUGACUUAGAGGCUCAGAUGCUACGAUACCCCGGCCAUGGCAUGGAUGUUGAGAAAGCUCUUAGUGGUUGUAGUGCUCAGAGGCCCAUUAUUCUUCUAGCACAUCAACCUCAGGCUGCCAAACAGGCCCUCCAGCAAAGGCCAGACAUCAACCUGGUUCUCUCAGGUCAUACACAUGCUGGUCAGCUGUUCCCCCUCACCAUUCUGGCAUUCCUUGCAAAUCCAUUUUUCUGUGGACUCUACCGUGUCUCUGAACACACUAUGGUCUAUGUUACCCCUGGAACUGGUUAUUAUGGCAUCCCAAUGAGAAUUGCAAGCCGAUCAGAAAUCACAAAAAUUAUACUGUUACGUGCCUGAGUCAACAGUGCAGGGAUCAAACACACAUUUUUCCCUAUAUUACCUUAAAAAGAUUGGUGUCUCACACAAUGAGUUACACUGUAAUUAUUUUGUAAUGUAUGCAUAAUUAUUUUGUUCUCUUAUCAAAUAUCUAUUAGGCAUACAGUCUUUUCAAAAUUGAAAGUGUUUGCACUAUGAAUUGCUAUAAUACUGUAUAUGCACAAUCUUGUCCAAGCCAAUUUUACAGAAUGGGUCAGUGCAGUAUCUUGAUCAGAGACACAUUCAGAAGUUAUAAUUGUCUGUAAGCUAAUAGUUGCAAUCCAAGUAGAGUUGGGGCAAUCGAGUUCAGACUUGUGUCUGAAUCAAGUCCAAUUUUAAUGGACUUGGACUUGACUUGGACUCGAGCCUUUAGUCAUGGGAUUUUUUUCAAACAAACACACAAACAAGCCCCAUGGUAAAUGACCAUACCUCCUCUUUUCCCCAGACAUGUCCUCUUUUUCAGACCUGAAAAAGCAUCCAGGCGGGAUUUCAAAAUUGCCUCUAAAUGUCCGGGAUUUGGCUUUGUCGUCAUAAUGAUGUGCUCUCUACAGUUAGUACUAUCAUACAUUCUGUGUAUAUGAUAUACUGUGCAUCAGUUUUCACGUGUACAUGGCCUUACGUGCGAUUAUUCUGGCUGAGAGCAGCAGCGCGCACUCUUGUAAAGUACUUUCUCUCUCUCCCUACUUAACUUUAAGGAAGUAGGCUACAUCUAGACACAGCAGGGGGACUGAAAAUUCCAUUAGAAAUGUAAUAAAAAUUAAUUUCUAAUGGUAUCUGAUCUUUUCUGUUUUAGUUUAUGGGCAUUAUUAAAUGUUUUAAAAUGACCAUUUAUUAAAUGUAUUAAACAUAUUAAUUGUAUUUAAUUAAUUACAUUAAAUGCAUUUCACCCAUAAUUUUAGAUAAAAAAAAACUAAAUUGAAUGGACAAAUUGAAAAUGAAGUAGAAAUAAAAACUCAAUUAAAUUGAGUUUACAUUUACAAUUUAAAUCCAGAUUCUUGACUUGACUCAGGUGGACUCGAUCUAAAUCCAAGCACUUUAAUAUGAUAAUAUUCCAAAAGGUGCCAGUUUUUAAUCAUUCAAUAGAUGUUUGGGAUGUUAAACCCAGGCCUCUUUAUUUUAAUUAAAAUUGUAUCAUGUAAUCAAACUUGAAUUCAUUGCACUGUGAGUCAAUCAGGGAUUUCAUUAAUCACCUGCUGUUGCCAUUACAAGUUUUGAUUAUUAAAAGUUGUUUCUACAACAGUGCAUCAUUAAUCCAAUAGGAAUAGGGCCUCAGUAUUCUAAACAGCAUGUUUUAUAAAGGGGUGACCAGGGCUGCUUGUCACAAAGGGAAGUCAUCCAUAGGGCUAUACAAUAUGUAUGUCCAAUUUCUAUAAUGCUUGCUUUCUCUAGCAGUGGUUUUGAAAGUUGGCUUCAAACACCCAGUCUUCAAACAGAACAGUUUUUGUUAUUGUAAUAAUUCAAACUAAAAUUCUAGUAUGAGCAUACAGUAUAUUUAAUAUCUUUUGGGCCUGCUAAUGAGUCAUGUUCUCACUAAAGGUUAUAGUGUGUCAAA